AUUGAGAUUGGAUUUUUUCAGAAGAUGUAUUUGGAUGUUGAUGGACCGAGCCACUCCCUCCUGCAGCUUUGCUCUGUCACAGAGACAUCUCCAUCUUCUGCAGUGAGCUCAGCACAUAUCCGCGCCUGCAGCAGCUGGGGAAAACUACAAAAUGCGUGAGUGUAUUUCCAUUCAUGUGGGUCAAGCCGGCGUCCAGAUUGGCAAUGCCUGCUGGGAACUCUACUGCCUUGAGCAUGGGAUUCAGCCGGAUGGACAGAUGCCCAGUGAUAAGACUAUUGGUGGAGGGGAUGACUCCUUCAACACUUUUUUCAGCGAGACAGGAGCUGGCAAGCAUGUUCCCAGGGCAGUGUUUGUGGAUCUGGAGCCCACUGUGAUUGAUGAGGUACGCUCCGGAACUUACCGCCAGCUUUUCCACCCUGAGCAGCUGAUCACCGGAAAAGAGGAUGCGGCCAACAACUACGCUCGCGGCCAUUACACGAUCGGCAAAGAGAUCAUUGAUCUGGUUCUUGACAGGAUUCGCAAACUGGCUGACCAGUGCACUGGACUUCAGGGCUUCUUGGUGUUCCACAGCUUUGGAGGAGGAACCGGUUCUGGUUUCACCUCUUUACUGAUGGAGCGUCUUUCUGUCGAUUAUGGAAAGAAGUCCAAGCUCGAGUUCUCCAUCUAUCCAGCUCCACAGGUGUCUACUGCGGUGGUAGAGCCCUACAACUCCAUUCUUACCACCCACACCACCCUAGAGCACUCAGACUGUGCUUUCAUGGUCGACAACGAGGCCAUCUAUGACAUCUGCCGUAGAAACCUUGAUAUCGAGCGUCCCACCUACACCAACCUUAACAGGUUGAUAGGUCAGAUUGUGUCCUCCAUUACCGCCUCCCUACGGUUUGACGGCGCCCUGAACGUUGACUUAACUGAGUUUCAAACCAACUUGGUGCCGUACCCCCGUAUUCAUUUUCCUUUAGCAACUUAUGCUCCCGUGAUAUCUGCUGAGAAGGCGUACCACGAGCAGCUCUCAGUGGCUGAGAUCACGAAUGCUUGCUUUGAGCCGUCUAAUCAGAUGGUCAAAUGCGACCCGCGUCACGGCAAGUACAUGGCUUGCUGUCUGUUGUACCGUGGUGAUGUCGUACCUAAAGAUGUAAAUGCUGCUAUCGCCACUAUAAAAACCAAGCGCUCCAUCCAGUUCGUGGACUGGUGUCCAACUGGGUUCAAGGUUGGUAUCAACUACCAGCCCCCUACCGUUGUACCUGGAGGUGAUCUGGCUAAGGUGCAGCGAGCUGUGUGCAUGCUGAGCAACACCACGGCUAUUGCGGAGGCUUGGGCCAGGCUCGAUCAUAAGUUCGAUCUGAUGUACGCUAAGCGUGCCUUUGUGCACUGGUACGUGGGUGAGGGCAUGGAGGAGGGAGAGUUCUCCGAGGCUAGAGAAGACAUGGCAGCCCUGGAGAAAGAUUAUGAGGAGGUGGGUGUAGAUUCGAUCGAGGGAGAAGGAGAAGAGGAGGGAGAAGAGUAUUAGGUUUUCUUGAAUGAAUAGCAGGUAGCAUUUAGACUGGAUAAUUUCACAAGCUUUAAAAAUGGCAACUGACAUAAUGGUGCGCCUACUUUGUGUUAGCUUGAAUGUGUGUAAUUUGUUGACAAAUUAUUACAAUGAAAGCUAAUUGUGCAUAUCCUGUGUGCAUUUUUUUGCUUUAAAAACCUAAUAAAAACCUUACAUUCAUGAA